GUAUGAAUGAUGAACUUUUGUUUGAGGAGAGUGAAGUUAACAAUCUAGACGAUGAUUUAUCUGUCGAACUUGACGGCCUUAUUUUGGAUGAUACUCCUGGUCUUAAGCCGGGUGUUAAAUUGCCUAAAAACGAAAGUCAAUGGAGGGAAGCGGACUGGUAUUUUAGAGCGGAAUUGCCAAUGUGUGAUGUGAACGAAAAAUCAAUAAACGAAUGUGCGAUCAAAAUGUCAAAUUUAGUCUAUGAUUAUUUUGCUGAAAAUUUUGGGACAGUGAAUAAGAAAAAUGCUCUUGACGAAGAAUUUGACAAGAAGUAUGCUAAUUAUACUAAGCAAGAGUUGAAACGUUGUUAUUUACAUCUGUCACUGAUGUAA